UCUCUGAGGAACCACCCUUGCUGAUCCUUCUAUACCCAGGGAGCAAUGGCAAGGUUCUUGAAUCCAUCUUCUGGAGCUUAAGAGAAACACAGUAAUAAUCAGUUGUUGCUCUUGUCCUUGUGAGCUGCCAAAGAGUGGGAGAAUGCUUAACAGAGACCUACGUAACAGAGAUCUACAUAAUUGCAGUGAAGUGCUGUGUAUGCCCCUACAUGUUGUUUUAAUGUCCUAUCUUGUUAAAGUAAAAGAAUGAGUCCACUGGAACCAGUGUCAUCUAGGAUUGAGAGUUGGAAGUAGAUUCAGCAGCUCUAAUGAAGGUUUGGCUGAUGUAACCAUGGCUAGAAUGUGACUUGUUCCACCUAGGCACUUAGCUUCUGCAUUUCUAACCUCGAUCUCUCUUCUUUGCAACUGCACUCAGACUAUGAGAAGCCUGAACCAGUCCUGCAUCUCCGAGUUCCUCCUCCUGGGCCUCUCCAGGCAGCCCCAGCAGCAGCAGCUCCUCUUCCUACUCUUCCUGACCAUGUACCUGGCCACUGUCCUAGGGAACUUGCUCAUUGUCCUGGCCAUCAGCACAGACUCUCGCCUACACACCCCCAUGUACUUCUUCCUCAGCAGUCUGUCCUUCAUGGACAUCUGCUUCUCCUCCACUUCUGUCCCCAAGGUGCUGGCCAAUCACAUGCUUGGCAGCCAGGCCAUCUCCUUUUCUGGCUGUCUCACACAGAUGUAUUUUCUCUGUAUGUUUGCUGAUAUGGACAAUUUCCUCCUGGCUGUGAUGGCCUAUGACCGCUUUGUGGCCAUCUGCCACCCCUUACAUUAUACAACAAAGAUGACUCAUCAGCUCUGUGCUCUGCUGGUGGCUGGAUCUUGGGUUGUCGCCAACCUGAAUGCUCUGUUGCACACUCUGCUGAUGGCUCGACUCUCAUUCUGUGCAGACAAUGUGAUCCCCCACUUCUUCUGUGAUGUGAUCCCCCUCCUGAGACUCUCCUGCUCAGACAUACACCUCAAUGAAAUGAUGAUUCUUUUUGAAGCAGGGCUGAUCAUGAUAGCUCCAUUUAUUUGUAUUCUGGUGUCAUAUAACCUUAUAGUUUGUGCUGUCCUGAGGGUCUCAUCUAGGAGAGGAAGAUGGAAAGCCUUCUCUACCUGUGGCUCCCACCUGGCUGUAGUUUUUCUCUUCUAUGGCACCAUCAUAUUUCUGUAUUUCAACCCUUCAUCAUCUCAUUCAGCAGAGAAAGACACUGCAGCUGCCAUGAUGUACACAGUGGUGACUCCUAUGCUAAACCCUUUCAUCUACAGCCUGAGGAAUAGGGACAUGAAAGGGGCUCUUGGAAAAGUCAUUACUAUAAAGUUUUUAUGUACUUAA